UCCAUAUUUUUAACUGCUUUUUGACGCGCCAAUGCUUGUGGGUUGCGAUGUGCGGCAGAUAUUCUCUCCCUCAUCAUUUCUUUCAGACGCAACACUGACGUUUUCUCCAACACUUUCUCUAAACUCUGUCGACUUUUUCCUGGAGCUUCAUCGCUCAUAUUGACUGACUCGAUUUUGAUAUCGUAUUUAGCUAUUUCUUUGCUUCUCAAUAGUUCUGAAAGCUCCUCAUCAGAUAAAUGUCUGAGCGAUUGCAGCCAUUCCUUGUAUUCGCUGGAAGCAUCCGUCCUUUCUAGGAAACCUUCCAACUGCACAUCUUCGUGUAGUUUAAGAAGACUCGAUGAGGGGAACUGUUGCGGUCUUUCCCUUAAAUCGGCAGCUAUAAUUUGA